GCUGGGAUUACAGGUGUGCGCCACCACACCCAGUCUCAAGAAGUGGCUUUUUGAGCCUUCGAGCAAGCUUCUCUUUUGUGGAUUUCCACAUGUCCUGUGUACCUGCUUGCCGACCUACUCAACACAUCAGUGCAAAGACGUUUUGUCAGGGCAAAUAGGGGCCACAUGUACAGCUUUCUCUCCUGUUUCUAGUAUGGCACUUCUGAAAGCACUCCCCAAAGGCAGUAUUCCUGUCAUGACCCAGGGAAAGAGCUCAGGCUUGGCUCCUCCCUCUUCUCCCCCCCCCCCCCCAUGCAGUGGUUCCAGCUGAAAUGUAGGCUGGACCACAGAAGAGUGUGGGAGCUUGGAGCAGGCCAAAGCCCCCGAUCCUCCUGUUGGCAGCUUAGAAAUCAUCUUUGGGGACACAGUCCAGCCCGGAAUUAGGAUCAGGCCAGAAGUCUCCGGGGGGCCCUGCUUGAGUGGUUGAGCGUCUGUAGACUUCUUCCUGCUCUGGGAAGAGCGGUCCUGGUGGGUUGGCCUGGCACAUGAAGGUAGGGAAGUGGCGAAGGCGUUGUGAGUGUUCUCCUGAGCAGCGGGGUCUCGGCAUGGGGAUGUGCUCGAUGCCACGCUUGGUGGCACUCACGGUCCUGUCCUCAUGGGGAGCUGGUGCUCGCGCGCUGCGUCCUGGGUCCUUUCAUGCCCUCUCCUCCUCCCGUCCCUGUCUCUCUGUCCCCUUCUCUUCUGCAGAAGAUUUGUCUAUUUCCCGGCCUCUGCUCUUACAUGCUGCUUACACACCUCGGAGAUGGCUGUGCCACAGAGGACCCGCUCGAGCCAAGUGCAGGAAUUUGGAUGCCCGUGGGGCCCUAGUGUUCAUGGGAAGCCCAGACCCAGCAAAAGCCUGCGAGGGUUCUCUGAGGAUCCCGGAGCACCAACAAGGAGCAAAGCAGAGAAGGCGGGGGUGGCGACGGCAGGGCUUCCGCCUGCUGGAGAGGAGUUCGCUGCUGUGGAAGCUCAUGGCCGUCAUCUUCGCUGCGCUGCUGUUCUGUGAAUUCUCAAUCUACUACCUCGUGAUCUUCCGGUGUCACUGGCCAGAGGUGGCCCCACCUGCUCACAGUGGAGAGCAGGCGCCUGUGCUGAGAGCCAUGGUCCUGGCCGACACACACCUGCUCGGGGAGGUGCAAGGCCACUGGCUGGACAAGUUGAGGAGGGAGUGGCAGAUGGAGCGAGCAUUCCAGACGGCCCUGUGGGUGCUUCAGCCCGAAGUCAUCUUCAUUCUGGGCGACAUCUUUGAUGAGGGAAAGUGGAGCUCACCACAGGCGUGGGCGGAUGACCUGGGGCGGUUUCAGAAGAUGUUCAGACACCCCUCGCAUAUGCAGCUGAAGGUCGUGGCCGGCAACCACGACAUCGGCUUCCACUACUGGAUGAGCAGUUACACAGUACAGCGGUUUGAGAAAGCCUUCAGCGCGGAGAGGCUGUUUUCUCAGAAGGGAGUGAACUUUGUGAUGGUGAACAGCGUGGCCAUGGAGGGUGACAGCUGCAGCAUCUGUGCGGUGGCUGAGGCCGAGCUCCUGGAGAUCUCGCGCCUCCUGAACUGUUCCCGAGAGGUGCGGGGCUCCGGCCCGUGUGGAGCAGGGCAGCGGCUGCCCCCAUCGGCCCCCGUCCUGCUGCAGCACUACCCGCUGUACCGCGCCAGCGAUGCCAACUGCUCGGGACCAGAUGCAGCCCCGCCUGAGGAGAGGAGCAUCCCCUUCAAGGAGAGAUACGAUGCGCUUUCCCAGGAGGCCUCACAGAAGCUGCUCUGGUGGUUCCGGCCGCGCCUGGUGCUGAGUGGCCACACGCACAGUGCCUGUGAGGUGCUCCACAGUGGGAGGAUCCGCGAGCUUAGUGUCCCGUCCUUCAGCUGGAGGAACAGAAACAACCCCAGCUUUGUCAUGGCCAGCCUGACAUCGCAUGACUAUGCCCUCUCCAAGUGCUUCCUCCCUCAGGAGGACACUGUCCUGGCCACCUACUGUGGGGUGGCAGGGCUCCUCGCCGCCUUUGGCCUGGCUCACGCGGGCCGCUGGGCCCUGCCCUUCCUCUCUGGCUGGACGGCGCUCAGGACGCACAGGGCCAGGUGAGGAGCGGUGGUGGCCCUGCUGCUGCUGGACAUCAGGGCCCACACCCCGCUCGAGUCGUGACGGCAGAGCUGGAAAACUGAACACGUUCUACAAGGCGUCAGUUCUGUCCUUUCAGCAGACACACGGGUAAUCUGGCGGCUCUGCAGAGGACGCGAAGCUGCCCGUAGCAGCCUGCCCAGGUGCGCGGACUGGCUCGGCUGUGUCCCACUGUGCCCAGCCACGCUAAUCUGCUGAAGUCGGGCUUCUAGACACACGGACUUCUCUUCUUCAGGAGACUGGGAUGUUCCACCCAAACCUCACGGCUGUCAGAGACCAGACUUAAAAGAAAAGACUUGGACAUGGUUUUGGGUAUUUAAAAAUAACUUGCAGUAAUUUAAAC